AUGAAGCGUCAAGCAAAAUUAAGUGUGUCAUCGAAACCAGCUGACAGACAGAGACAGAGGCCCCAUAAAGCUGCCUCGCCCGUCGCCACUAUCUAAACUAAAAAAAACAGUACCACACCACACCAUUUCUGGUUCAAGUUCUUGCUUUGGUUCCCGACUCUAGAUCAUCAAGAAAAAAAUAAAUUGUGAAGUCUCAACGCAGAUCCCAUUAUUUUUGCCUCUGCUUUCCAGAUUUGUGAGGCCAGGGCAGUAGAGUUUUUGGGCAAAAAAUUGGAAGGAAAAUUCGAGGGGAGGCUCUUGAAUCAACUACUACCCCUUAAACUGUGUCGUUCUCAAGAUUAACAUUUCUUUCUACUUUAUAGUGGAAUUUCAGAUCUAUUUGUGGUUUUCUUGCUGGGUUCUUAUUGGAAUAUAUUCUCAUUAAACAAAGGCGAACAAUGAAGAGUAAAGAUCUUGCAAAUGGGAAAGAUCAUGUUAGCAAGGAAAGUACGAAGGGCGUAGCAGUUAAUCAAUGUGGGAUAAUGGUUAGAAUUAAUCCUUUAGAUAUAAUUUGGGUCAAGAAUCGUAGAGGCUCGUGGUGGCCUGGACAGGUUGUUGAUGAAAAUCUCAUAAGUGAAACUAGUAAACCAGGCAGCAGAUCAGCAGGGGAAGUUCUUGUUAGGCUUUAUGGAACUUAUACUUAUUUGUAUGUUGAUCCAACCAAAUAUUUUUCUGAGUUCGACGCAGUACUUAAGCAGAACAACAAUUCUCAUGGAAAAAUAUUUUUGAAAGCUUUGGAACUGGAGGUUGCUGGCUUAAAAGCUGGUGAAUCAAAGAAGCGCAAAGCCAAAUCCGAAGAUAAAUCAAGAACCAAACACUGUGAUGGAGAUAAUUCAAGGAAAAACCUCACGCGAAAUUCCAAAAGCUCUACAGAAUCUAAAAAGAGGAACCGUGAAAAGCAAAACAGUACAAGGAAAAAUUCUGAGAAAAGCCUAGAGAAAACAAGUAAGAGUAUACCUAAGCCCGAUGAGACGCUUAGCAAGAAAAGGAAGCUAGCUAGAUCAAGCCCUGAUACACCACCUGCCAAGUCUCAAGAAUUGAGUGCCCGAAGAAUUAAAGUGAUGCAAAGUCUUGGUCUGGCUGCACCUCCUGGCUCUCCAUUUUGCAGACAUGGACAACUUUUUACAUGAUGCUUCUGCUUGGUCUGGUGGAUUUAAAUUUGAGCUAUUAUUUUUAAUGCAUCUACCAAAAACGAUGUCUAUUGAGUAAGACAGCAGAGUUGAUAUUGGAAGGGUCUUCACAUUGUAAGGCCAUCAAAUAUUUGAUUCUUAGAAAUAAUGGAUUUGUGUUUUAAUUUUUUUAUCUUAACCUUCUUUAAUCCCUAAUUAGUAUAUGUAUUUUUUUCA